UCGACCUGUCUAUCGGCAUCACUAUUCAAUUCAACCAACAGCCAACAGGUUGAUUGUUGUUUGUUUUAUGUUUUUGUUCUAGGAGUUUUGUUCGUUAUUUGUUCAAUUGGUUGAUCAAAAUCAAAAAGAAGAUUCAAUCAAACGAUUGUCCGUGUUUGCUUCAUAAUAAUAACGUCGUGGUGUUAUCUGCUCAGUACUUACAUUAAAAUGGCCACGAUAGACCUUUUAGGCCGAAAUAAACUAUUUGGAAGAUGCCGCACUUGUCUCAAUGAGUUCACUGACAAAAUGUUUGAUAUUUUUACGGAUAAAACAAAUGUCGAGAGUUUGUUUACCAUGUUGACAUCAUCUACAUCAAUAAUGAUUGAUCAGGAAGACAAUUUACCUAAAGAAAUGUGCAGAAAUUGUUAUGAAUGUCUCAUAAAUUUUUGGGAAUUCAAAAAAUUGGCGGAGAGAAUAGAUUAUCAGUUACACUUUCAAUUUGGACAUGAUUCUGGUUUAGCAGUAAAAUUAGAAAGUGAGAAUGACAUGAACAGUGAUACGUUGGAAGUAGAUUUUGUGGAUACAGAAGCAAAAAUUCAAUCUGAAUAUCAUCAAUGCUCAUCAAAUGAAGAAUUGAAAUCAGAAAUUCCUGCUAAAAAAUUUGAAUGCAAAAUUUGUUCAAACUUAUUUGAUAGUUCAUACAAAUUGGAUGAACAUUUUAGUUUACUCUGCAAACCGAUAUCAUACCAAUGUAAAAUAUGCAACAAAGAAUACAAAACAGAGAACAAGUUAGCCAGACAUAAUAAAUUACGGCACGACAAAAACUUGUACACAUGUAUACUGUGUUCGGAGACUUUUAGACAUCAUUUUAAAUAUGUCAAGCAUCUAGUCUCACACAACAAAAAAGUCAAUAGACAAUGCAUGGUGGAAAUAAACCAAAAUGACACAAACCAAAGUUUCAAAUGCAAUAGUUGCACUGCUGAUUUUAAAUCUAUGAAUGCCCUCGCAGCUCACAUGCGGAUACACACAAAAAAAGGCAGAGUAUUGUCAUGUUCUAUAUGUAAUAAGAUUUUCAAAAAAACAAGCCAUUUGAAACGGCAUGAACUGAGUCAUGAAGAUAAUAAACCUUUUAAAUGUACAUUGUGUGGUAAAGCAUUCAUCACGGAGGCCAUUCUUGGCGAACACAUGAACAAACAUAACAAAAUUAAGCCACAUGUGUGUCCUAUUUGUUCGAAGGCAUUCACUCACAUGUCAACAUUGACUACACAUGUAAAAAUACAUACGAGAGAGAGGUCAUAUUUGUGUCCAACUUGCGGGAAGAGAUUUGAUUCGAGCACAAAUUUGAAUCAACACAUUAGAAGGCAUCUUGGGCUUAAAUGCUUUGCUUGCACCUCAUGUCCUAAAACAUUUGUUAGUAAAGGAGAGCUGAAAUCCCACAGCUUAACCCACACAGGCGUGCGGUCGUUCGCGUGUGAGAUCUGCGGCACCAAGUUCACAAAGAAGAGCUCUCUGAGGAAACACUCGUUGGCGCACCUGGGCGUCAAGCCGUACCAGUGCGAGAACUGCCCCAUGAAGUUCUCGAGCCGCUACCACCUGCAGCGCCACCGCCGCUCGCACUCGGGCGAGAAGCCCUACGCGUGCGAGACGUGCGCGCGCGCGUUCUCGCAGACCAACGAUCUGCUCAAGCAUCGCCGCGCCCAUCUCGGGGACAAACUUUAUAGAUGUACUCAAUGUACGGAAGGUUUCCGCCUUAAAUCCGAGCUUCGCCAACACAUCUCUGAACAUUUUAUAUCGGAUCGCUUCGAAGAAUUGACCGUUGACAAACCAGAUGACAUGACUCACACCAUCAAAGCUUUGGUCGAGUCGUUCACAGACAAAAAUGUUGCCAGUGACAAUAAUAAUGAUGUUACAGUAACAAAUGUACAGAAAACAGAUAUUGAUGUAAAUAAUUAAUUAUAAUAAAGUUAAUGCGGAUGCAUUUCCGCUAGAGGCACUGGUGCAGAGUAAGGUCAAAAAGUAAAAAAAAGUAAGUCUACGAAGAAAAAACAAUGAUAUGCCUUAUUGCCAUUUCUAUAACAAAAGUUGUGACAAUACAUGGGGCUGAAGCAGAUGAGUGGGGUAAGUACCGCCACGGUACACGUCCCUCAACUAGUGGGCGAAGAAACUGCGUCGAGUGUGUGAAUGUAAAAAUGUGGAUGUUACAAAUGUACAUGAAAAUGGUGCUAUUUAAGUAGCUAACAGAAUUAAACAAAUGUUAGCAAUAUCAAUGAAAAUAAAAUUAUUGUUGAUAUAAAACAAAUUACUAAUUUCAUUGUGAAUAAUCUCAGUAAUUUCUUAGGAUGUUUGUCUAGCCUAUAAGAUGAUGGUUUAUGGAAAAUAAUUUUAUUUAUUAAUUGUAAUCAAAGUAAAGCAAAUAUAAUAAAACGAUCGAGGGCCAAAUAUUAAUAAUACUUUGUUAAUUUUUUUAUGUAAUUCUAAAAGUAUUAAAUCUUUUUGGAAUUUUAAAAAUAUUCUCUUUUAUUAAAAAUGUAGUAACACAUGUUAUGAAAAUAUUUUAAAACUGUUUUUCUAUUUUAGUUUUAAGUUAAAUUUAAUGUAAUGCACCUGCAUAUAAUAAGAGCGUUCAAAAGUUAUGUAGCUAAAUACUUCAAAAGUUGUGCUGUAUUAAAAGUAUGUUUAAAAUUA